UCGUCGUCAUCUUGGAUUUUUUGCCUGCUGUCGUACAGAUCAUUGUCGUUGGUGUGGGUGGAGGUGUUGUGAUGAAAACUCGCGGACUUGCGAUUGCGACGAAGUUGAAAAUAACGGACUUAGUGCUGGUGCCAUAAUAGGGAUUUCCUGCGCAGCUAUAUUUGCAUUAACCGUCGUGACAUCAGUCUGUGUUGGUUUGUGUUAUUAUUACGGGUCACGCCAAAGAAAACCUGUGCGGCCAGGCACAAAUAACCUCUCUACCGUAGCAUACUCGUCAAAUUACCCACAUCCGCCACCUAGCUACUCACAAAACAGCGCAUACAUGCCACCGCCUUAUUCUACCGAAUACCCGGAGAAAACCGUUUGGAAUCCCCCACCGUACAACCAGCUGAACAUGAAUCCUCCCCAACCCCAGCCUGAUAGUCAACUUCAUCAAUAAACGUGUUCACUAA